AAACUUCAAUUCAUUGACAAUUCAUUGAUUAUGAAACCAAUUAUGCAUUCAUUUUAACAUCACUUUCACAUCAGUUGUCAUUUGUCUGGCGUAAUGGACGUCAACUCUGCACUAUCACUGUUGGGAUCAAUUGGAUGGUAUCAGACAUAUGUGUAUCUGUUAUCAUGUGUUCCGGUGAUCAACGCCGGGAUUGUCAUGUUGUCACUGGUCUUCCUGUCUGCCACUCCUCAUCACAGAUGUUUUGUUCCCAACUGUGAUCCCAAUGGACUGAACGCCAACUUCUUUGACACGUUUUUGUCUCAAUCCAUACCAAAAGUCUUCGGUUCUGUUGUGUCCUAUGAAUCGUGUAAUCGUUUUAAACAAAUCAAUGACUCAAUCAUUAGAAGUGAUGCCAAAGAUGUUUGUGAUAUAAACCGGUUUACAAACCAAACAGAAAGUUGUGAUCACUUUGUCUUUGAUAGAAAGCAGUUCCAGUCCACUGUUGUCACUGAGUACCCUUUACAGCAAUACAGUCAGGUAGAAGAUAAACCCUCAGGAAAGGCCACGAAAUUUUUCAUUCAUGUCUUAACCAAUAGCUAUGGGCGUCGGUCUGUGUUUAUGGCGGCGCCUAUUCUCGGCUUUUCGAGUGCAGUGUUGUCGUCAUUUGCGCCCAACUUCUUAAUAUUCUGCAGCAGUUCUGCGGUGACGGCCGCCUGUAUUGCAGGCAUGUAUCAGACGGCCUUCAUUAUAGGUAUUGAGUUCAUUGGUGGCCAGUGGCGAGUCUGGUGCGGAAACAUACAUUCAAUUCUGUUCGCUGUGGGCGCCGCCGUCCUAUGCCUUAUGGCUUAUUAUGUGCGCGAUUGGAGACAAUUGCAGUUUGUUAUCGCACUUCCAGUAGCGUUCACUCUCUCCUAUCCCUGGCUGUUCCCUGAGUCGGUUCGUUGGCAGGUCUCCAAUGGACAGACAUCUAAAGCAAUUAAGACAAUCAAAAGAGCUGCCAAAUGGAACAGAGUUUACAUUCCAGAGGAAUAUCUGUACACUAGUGAAGACGUGAGUGAUUAUCUGUUUAUUUAA